CUUCGCACCUGCAGAACUCUGUUGACAAACUUUGUGCGGAGUGGUGGGUCUUUCUCCGUCGCAAAAACCUCCUUCGUACGGCUCGGAAUGUACAUUUUCAUCGGGAAAUGUACGCACCGGUAUGCGGUUCCGGGCACGCUGCUAGUACGCCGGAUGAUCAGCUCGUCCGAGGUAGCGACCGCCCUGCGGCCGUUCUACUUCGCCGUCCAUCCGGAUCUGUUCGGGCGCUAUCCCCAGCAGCGGCAGGUGAACGAAGACUCGCUCAAACUGCUCAGUGCGCACCUGGAAUCGUUGCUGACGCAGAAACGAAUCUUGCCCUCCACGCCGCGCGCCCUUCCAUUUUACAUCCGUGCCUCGAAUGCGCCGCAGGACCGGGGGACGUUCAAUCUCAUCAAGGUACCGCUGGAGCGUACGGUCGACGCAAAGCUGGUGCUGAGGCGAAUACUCGAAUCCUGCAACCUGCCGACGGAGUAUGUGGAUAAGAUGCCCGCGACUAAACCUUGCUCAACGGCCACCUCGUCCAGCGGCAGCCCGUACGAGGAAGGCUUCCAACAGCAGCAGCAGCAUCAAUCGUUUUACUACAAAAAGCGUUCCGAGUACAACUUUGGCAAGGAGGAAGAGGAAGCGGACGAUUCCGGCCCGUUCGAGAAGGAGUUUGAUCUGUUCCAAUUUCGGAUAAAGAAGGUGCGCGAGAAUGAAACGCUAAAGAAAUGGUUGCGGAAGCAUGUCGUCACCGCUACGGUGCGCACGAAAGCGGUGCAGGAGCUGCAGGAGGAGGUGGAAAAGUUGCGCGAGGACGUUACGAAGCGGCUGGGAUUGCGUGAGAUCAUCUACGACUGUGGCUGGAAUGUGGAGCACUUUCGGGGGUGCUUGAAAAGUCUGGAAAAGUUGGCCGAACUGCAUCCGGGUGCGCUGGAUGGGCUGAAGGAUCGGACGGUGGUGUUUGCCGCGUUUACCGGCGUAAGCCUCGAAGGGAACGUGAUGCUGUUUACGGGCGAUGUGCAAAGGAAUUGGUUGGAGCUUAUUAAAACGAUCGAUAAACACGAUAGCUACCUCAGAAAAUUGCCAGCGUACGAGUUCGCGCUCUCCCAGGUGCUGCGCAACAUACGCAUCGGACGGCGCAAGUUUAUGCCGAAAGCGCAAGCGAUGGCGUACGCUUCGCAUCUGCGCAAGAUAACGACCGCACUGCUCGAUUAUCUCGGCAAAUCAAAGUUCCCCAAAUCGUGGCCUACCGAUCUGUCAAAGUUUGAGCUGGUGGUCGAAUCGGAAGCCGGCCCACUCAUGGUAAGCCCUACCGGGCAGCUAAUAGUGCCGGCCACCUGUCCCGGCUCGCUGCUGGUCGACUUUCUUACGAACCAUCUGGAGGAGGCACUCGAAAAGCAAAGCUCGUACGACCGGCAAAAGCACAUCGAGCGCGAUCUGCACGCACGCUGUGUCGCCCAGUUCCGGUUGCUGUCGCUGACGAAGGACGAUUCCGUAACGCCCGACCGUAUGAUCGAGUGUCUGGAGAAGCUGCUGGCGCAAGGCGGACUAGCCGGAGGGGGUCAGCUGGAGCUGGCCGAUUUGAAUCUUACCAUCACGACGUACUACUCGGUGCUGACGGACGGCACGGUCUGUAUACCGUGGGACUGGAAGCAAUAGGGCGGGAGCGGGAGAUACGGGUCGAAGUCAAUUUUUAACCAUUUUUCGGACCGGUCAAUUCAACCGCUGUAACUGGUGUGUGCCAUGUGUUUCGAGAUUCUAGGUUUUGAAGCUAUUUUCCGAGAAACGUAAAACGCGGGUUUAGUGUGUAAAUUCAAUUAGCUAGGUUAUUCAGAUGCGUCGUGCGUAGCGUUGAAAGACAAUAAACAAAGGACAUGUUAUGAAGGUG